AUGUGCAUGAACCCCGAGUUGCUCGGAGAAGUUGAACAACAACUACAGAAAGACGGAGUCGAAAUUUUCCGCACUCCUGUGAUGACCUCUAAUACUAAAAAUAAGAGAGACCAUUAUUUUUCGAUGGAUGGAUGUUCUUUUCAAACACAGCUGGAAGUUAUGGCAAAUAAAACAUGCGAUAACGAGGAAUACCAAUUGGAAUGUGACAAGAAAGGAAUAUGUGUUAAGCUUAAAGUAAAAAGAACGGAGGCUACCGAAAAAUUGUCGAAUAGCUACAUAAAAGCUAUAGACAAAUUCAAUUCGUUGGAUUGGAAGGUUAUUUACCAAGUUGCAGGUGUAGAUCAAGGGAAAGGACAUAUGGAGAGCGACAUGUCAAACGUAGUGGCUGCUGCUCGUAAGUUGGAAUCUGGACCAUUUCCUCGGUAUAAGCAAGACAAACGCAUGGCUCCAUUUGACCAAAAUGCGUUACCAACUGAUGGAACGGUACUGUAA